CAUACACCGACUUUGCCGGUGUCACGUCGAUGAGGUCACCUUCGAUUACCUUCUAUUACCUUUGAUGUGGCAUUUACCGGUCAUUGACAGCAGACCGCACUGUCCUUGUCCAGUGGAGAUUUCUUUUUCAUGUUUACAUUACAAAUGUACAUGAUAACAGACGUUUUUUAUCUUGACACAGUAGGUAUUGAAUACUGCUGAUGACGCUUGUAACCUCAAUCAGUUGGUAACAGCAACCAAGUACAGGAAAGAGGCGUUUCCUCUGCCUCAAACCGCUGCAGUAUAAUAGUUUGAAAAUACAGUGUAUGAUUAUUGCUAAACUAAUUCUUACUAUAUCCAUUUUAUAAUAAUGAUUUUACGCGGCUUAUUACUGCUAUGCUAUUGCGCAACGAGCUAUUCCAAUCAACUCGACAACUACGUCGUAAUGAUGAACAAUGACGAUGUCGAACAAUGGAACAAAGAGACUUCUCACAAAGAAAUGAAUGGGUUUCUUCAAGAUGAGACUGAAGUUGACGGCAAACCAUACCAAGCAACCUGGGACAGUCUGGAUAAACGACCGAUACCAGACUGGUACGAAGAUGGGAAGAUUGGUGUUUUUAUUCACUGGGGUGUCUUUAGUGUACCAGGUUUUGGAUCUGAAUGGUUUUGGAAGAAUUGGAAAUCUGAAUCUGGUAACAAGUAUGAGGAAUUCAUGAAAGCGCACUAUCCACCUGACUUCAGUUAUCAAGAGUUUGCUCGUGACUUCACUGCAGAAUUUUUCAACGCUACCCAAUGGAGCGAACUAUUCAAAGCAGCCGGAGCUAAGUAUGUUGUACUGACGAGUAAACAUCACGAAGGUUUCACCUUGUGGCCAUCUAGAUACUCCUUCAGUUGGAACUCUGUUGAUAUUGGGCCACACAAGGAUCUCGUAGGUGAUCUUGCACAGGCUAUAAGAAAAAAUACAGACCUGAAAUUUGGUCUGUAUCAUUCAAUGUACGAGUGGUUUAAUCCCAUGUACCUAAACGACAAGAAGAACAAAUUUGCAACAGAUAACUUUGUUACGCAAAAGAUAUACCCCGAGCUUCUUGAACUCGUCAACAAUUAUCAUCCGGAGGUAAUCUGGUCCGACGGGGACUGGGAUGCGUCGGACACAUAUUGGAAAUCUAAGGAAUUUCUGGCCUGGUUGUAUAACGAUAGUCCAGUCAAAGAUACUGUUGUAGUUAACGAUCGAUGGGGAUCUAACAUUCCAUGCCACCACGGUGGCUACUAUACCUGCACAGAUCGUUAUAAUCCAGGUGUACUUCAGCCACACAAGUGGGAGAACUGCAUGACAAUUGAUAGGGUUUCUUGGGGAUUUCGAAGAAACGCUGUUCUGGCUGAUUACCUCUCACUGAAGGAGUUAGUUCACGAAUUGGUAGUGACUGUAAGCUGCGGCGGAAAUCUGCUUAUGAAUGUUGGACCGACUAAAGAUGGCAUUAUUGCACCCAUUUUUGAGGAAAGGCUUCGCGGUCUAGGAGCUUGGCUGGCAGUAAACGGAGAAGCGAUUUAUGGCAGCAGACCAUGGAAUGUGCAAAAUGAUACGACCACCGGAGAUGUGUGGUAUACACAAAGCUCGAAUAAGCAAAAACUUUAUGCCACCCUUCUGAGCUGGCCCGAGGACGAUAAUUUAUGUUUAGGGGCAAAGCAAAUACCUGACAGUCCGCAAAUAUCGCUACUUUCUAAUGGUAAAAAACUGAAGUGGAAGAAAGUUGGUCAAACUCUGUGCAUAAGUUUACCUGUAGACGCCAACAAAGGAGAACCAGCAUGGACACUUCGUUUUGAAAAAAAUGGAUAAAUCCAAAGUGACUUGAAAUUUCUGUACUUAUUGUAUUACCUUUAAUUAAUUAUAUUUUUCCCAUAAUAUUUUUAAAUAUUACGAAUAAGCUGCGUAAAAUUGAAUCGC